AUGUCGUCCCAUCUCUCCUCCUCAAUCUCCCUACAUUCCGAUGACUCCCAGGGGCCACACGAGACUGUUGCCUCGUCACCCCCGAAAUCGACGAUCCCUCUGACCUCUCUGGAAAACCACUUCCACAGUUUGCCCUCACACCGCCGAGCAAACACCGAGUACAUCGCCCGGCCCCCUAUCUUUGAAGAAGACCUCUACGAUUCCACCGCGAGUGACCGCCGGUCAAAGCACAGCUUGGCCCCCUCCGCCCCCUCCUGGACCGAUACAUUCCCCAAAAAGAAGCUUGAGGCACGAGCAAGGAUCCUGUCGGAUUGGUUCCAGGGCAGAUCAGAUCCAGUCAAUUUGGGAAUCACGACACGUUCCAGCGGACAACCCGAACCAGACGACAUGGAGAACGCUCGCUUCACCACCUUCCGCUCCUCACAUACCCGGACCAACUCGGGCUUUUCCUUCUUUGGUCUGCGUAAACUGCCAGAUGAGAAGCCUCUUCCUCCACCUCCGGCGCCCGCCGACGACGAGUUCCUGAACUUGGACAUCGCCGUGGCCUUGUCUCUGCCAAACUCCGACGUCGACAACGAAGAUGCCCUCGACACCCUGCGAGAGCAGGCCAGCACGGUCAUCCAACAAAUGCAGGAGGCCUACAAGGAAAGAACCUUUGCCAUGCACCAAGCCCUCGCUGCGAAAAAUGAAAAGCAAGAAGAGCUCGAGGAAACCCGGGCUCGCGCCGACAAUCUUCGAAUGCAAUUAGACGGCAUGGCAGCUAAAGUUCUGGAUCAGGAGAAGGCCAUGAAAGCCAUGGCCGAAGAACUUGAACAGGAGCGACGCCUACGACAGCAAGAAGAGAGUCGUAGCCGCGGCCGCACGAUGCGUGCGAUCCCCAAUGACGAAGAAAUUCCAUCGCUCGUACUUCAGACUCCCCACCGGGGCGGCAAACGUGCCAGCCACGGUACCCUCACCAGUGACUCUGGUUUCGAAUCCGGAGAUGAGAGUGUUGCCGAUAGCGUCUUCUCUCACAAAGAAGGCGUGGAGUCUCCUACAUCCACCCUCACCGCGCCCUCCCCCAAUCUCUCGCAGGUCGUCCUCUCCACACCCACCGUUGCUCCAACCCAAACCCCCAUAACCGCAAUCCAAAAGAGCCUCGCCAAUGUCACGAGCUCACCAACCCCAACCCGUUCGUCGGCUUACGACCGUGUAAUCAAGGGUCUUGCAUCGACACGUCUGGGUAGCUCUUUUGUUGGAAACAAUGGGAACCCGAACCAGUGCAGCAACUGCCAUGGUGUUCCAGCCUCGGAGGCCUGGAGCGUGAUGGGAGUUCUCAAGGACGAGAACAGAGGACUGAAGACUCGAUUGGGCGAGCUGGAAUUGGUCAUUGAUGACUGCAUUGGUCUUGUUGGUCCUUGA